GGAAACUCCUAGUAACAUUCGUGUUCCUCUCUAUGUAGUUAUCAAAUCCCUCACCCGAGCCGCCGCAUCCUCCUCAGAUCCUAUAUAUAUUCACCCAUCGUUCUCCUCAAUUCACCGCUGCAUCCACUUCCUCCUUCUACAUCGUACACGGCAGACACACGGUAUGUCGGUAUCAAGAACCCCCAAUCUUGUCUCCUGAUUAUUAUUUUUAUCACACCCCAUUAAAUUUCACCCUGGGUUAUUCCCAAAUACCUUGUUUAUGGCUUCCCCUGUUUCUUGAUCGCUUUCUUGAGUCGCCCUUUGGUUUCUCCAUCGUUUCUUGAUUGCCUUACCUUCUUUAUUUUUCCCACUUCUGUUUGAUCAAGUAUACUGGAUUGGCAGAGAUGAAUGUUGCGAAGUCUCAAGUCUGGCAUCCUGGGAAAAGAGGAGGCUUUAGUUUGAACAAAGAAAAGGGUGUUUUUAGAAAUAAGAAGGAAAAAUGGAUGGGAUUUGCAUUCAGUUUAUCUGAGCCAAGGUCCAAACCACCAAAGGAAUCUUCAUAAUCCCUGGGAUUAUAAACAAUCGAGGGAGUGUGGCGAUACCUUCAAAUCCAAGGAUGCCUUCAUAUUCAACAAGUAGUGGGGGUGCUAGAACAAGAGUAGGUAAGUAUGAGUUGGGCAGGACAUUGGGAGAGGGAACAUUUGCAAAGGUGAAGUUUGCUAGGAAUUUAGAAACAGGGGGCAAUGUGGCUGUCAAGAUUCUUGACAAAGAGCACCUUCUUAAACACAGGAUGGUUUCUCAGAUUAAACGCGAGAUCUCAACCAUGAAGCUAGUUAGGCAUCCGAAUGUUAUCCGAAUGAUUGAGGUCAUUGCCAGCAAGUCUAAGAUAUAUAUUGUUAUGGAAUAUGUUACUGGUGGUGAACUAUUUGACAAAAUUACAAGUCUGGGGAAACUCAGAGAAGAUGAAGCCAGGAAAUAUUUUCAACAGUUGAUUAAUGCUGUGGAUUACUGCCAUAGCAGAGGUGUGUUCCACAGAGACCUGAAGCCAGAAAAUCUGUUGUUGUGUUCCAAUGGAGUGCUCAAAGUCUCUGAUUUCGGAUUGAGUGCACUUCCGCAACAAGUUCGGGAAGAUGGGUUGCUGCAUACAUCAUGUGGAACACCAAAUUAUAUUGCUCCUGAGGUGAUCAACAAUAAGGGUUAUGAUGGAGCUAAGGCUGAUCUUUGGUCUUGCGGUGUAAUACUUUAUGUACUCAUGGCUGGUUAUUUACCGUUUGAAGACUCAAAUCUUAUGGUAUUAUACAAGAAGAUACACAAAGCUGAGUUCACCUGUCCACCCUGGUUCUCCUCAAGUGCAAAGAAACUAAUCAACAGAAUCCUGGACCCCAAUCCUCAUACGCGAAUUACUAUUGCAGAGGUAAUCGAGAGUGCCUGGUUCAAGAAAGGUUAUCAGCCACCAGUCUUCGGACAGGAAGACGUUCAUCUCGAUGAUGUCAAUGCCAUCUUUGAUGUAUCAGUUGUGGAGAGACGGGAAGAGCUACCUGCUGCACCCCUUUCAAUGAACGCUUUUGAGCUAAUUUCAAGAUCUCAGGGUCUCAAUCUUAGUUCUCUUUUCGAAAAGCAAGCGGGUCAUGUUAAAAGAGAAACAAGAUUCACUUCGAAACAUCCUGCUGCAGAGAUAAUCUCGAAAAUCGAAGAAACAGCAGUGCCUUUGGGUUUCAAUGUGAAGAAAGAUCAGCACAAGCUAAAGCUUCAUGGGGAGAAGACGGGACGCAAAGGUCAUUUAUCCAUCGCAACAAAUAUUCUUGAAGUCACCCCUCAUUUUCACAUAGUAGAGCUUCAGAAGGCUGGAGGGGAUACCUUGGAAUUUCAGAAGUUCUAUAAGAACCUCGCGACGGGGUUGAAAGAUGUCGUCUGGAAAACCGAGGAAGCAACAAUAUAAGUUAGUACAUGCAGCGUUUAGGCUGAAAUUGGUUGAUGUCUGCAAUUGCAAAGCAGAUUUGUGUUGUGCUGAAUUGUCUCAGAUACACUUUUUCCUUUUAUCCUCCUAAAAGUUUUUGAUACUUAAUAUGCUGAGUAUUAUGUCAUUACAUCUUAUAUAAAAAAUAAAUUGGAAAACUAAUGUGGAGUAUGGUUUUGUUGGUUAAAAUUUGUUUAUACAUAAAAAUUUGUUUAUA